AACAAUCCAUCAAUUGUCUUAGUGAGAACAACGUUUUUUCGUAUCCUGAGUUAGGUUAAACUAAGCUUGAGCAUGAAUUCAUUUGUGAUACUUGUCUGCGCUACGCUGCUUCUAAGCUGUGCAAAUGCCCGCCCUGAUUUGAGCUUGGGCUAUCGUUACAAUCAGGGACAUUCCAGCGGCGGCGGUAAUUUUUUGAAUGCCCCAAUUACUCCAGCAGCUGGCAACUCGUAUACACCUACUGCUUCUGGAAAUGCCUACUUUUCUUCUCAACCCACUGUGGGCCAAAUCUCUUCAGGUAACUCGGGCUUUGUCUCAACAUACCCAAUUGGUGUUGGUAGUUUUGGCUCAGGAUCCUUUGGCAGCGCUGGGUCCAGUGGCAGCUCUGGUUCUGCAGGUGGCUCCGGAUCCUUUGGUCACUCCGGCUCCAUUGGAGGAGCUGACUCCUUUGGUAGCUCAGGUUCUGUAGGUAGCUCUGGCUCCGUAGGCAGCUCUGGUUCCUUCGGUAGCUCUGGUUCCUUCGGCAGCUCUGGUUCCAUUGGCAGCUCUGGUUCCUUCGGCAGCUCUGGUUCCUUCGGCUCUUUCGGCGGUUCACAUUACAAUUCUGGCUCCUCCCAGGUUAACACAGAUGAGCAGCAAGCUUUCUUCACUCAUUUGCAUCGCCAUCAAGCUCCCAUUGUUUCCAAACAUUUCUAUUUCCAUUCGGCUCCCCUGGAUCAUGAUGAGAAGGAAAUUGUCCGUUAUGUCAAUAUUGGUCGUCCCCAAAAGAAUUAUCGCGUUGUCUUCAUUGACACUCCCUCUUCAAAUACCAACAAGGCUAAGAUCAUUGCCAAUGUGGCACCCACGGAAGAGAAGACUGCCAUUUAUGUGCUCUCCAAGAAGAAGAAUGCUUUGGAUGUCUCCGCUGAAAUUGUUACUCCCGCUCCCAUUAAUAACAAACCUGAAGUUUUCUUCAUCAAAUACAAGACACCCGAAGAAGCUAUUCAUGCCCAACACACCAUUCAAGCCCAAUAUGAUGCUUUGGGUGGUAGCACUGAUGUCAGCAAUGAAGGUACCAUUCCCGUCUCUUCUGUAAUUGGCAGUUUGGGUGGUUCCACAGAUGAUUCCGAUUCCACCGGUAGCUUUACCAUUGACAAUUCUGGCACCUCAGGUGUUUCUGCUGAUGAUGUUUCAGACGGUUCAACUGGUAUAACUUCUUCGGUGGGCUCAACUAGCAAUACUCUUGUCACAGGUGAUGAUCAAUCCCACUAUGUUGCACCUGUACAUGUCCACCACACCGGUGUCAAUACUCAACAGACUUAUUUACCACCCACCAGGAAAUAG